CGAGACACGCUUUCGGUACAUCGGUGGCCGCACCAUCUCACGACGGCGACCCAAAGAAACACGUUAAGACCCGGACCAUUGUGCUCUCCAAACGCGUACCAGUUCAUCGUCAGUAUCCACCAACCAUAAAUAAUCAGGUAGCAGCACCAGCACGGAUCCGCGGCAGCACCAGCGAUGGCAGAGUUCUCGUGGCUCACGGCGCUAGGGUUCGUCUUCCUGACCUUCAACUCCGGCAUGGCCGUCUACCGCUCCAACGGCGACGCGGGGUCCGUCAUCUUCGUCGCCAUCUCCUACCUCGACCUCGUGGCCCUCUUCGCCUGCCUGCGCCUCUACGAGCGCCUCGACCGCCACUCCCCUCGCCGGGAGCGGAUCAAGGCCGCCGUCUGGGCGCUCACCACGCUGCUCACCGUCAUGUUCACCUACAAAGUCGCCGAGGUCAUGCCGCUCGCCGUCAAGCUCCUCGUCUGGGCGAUGGCCGCCGCCACCACCUUCGGCGGCUUCUACGUCUUCUUCGUCCACGACGACAAGCAGUACCAGCAGCUGCAGGACGCGUCGGCGGCCGCCGAGCGCGGGGACGUCGCCAACUAGUAGCUGUACUAGACGGCGGCGGGGCGCUUGCCGCCGCGAGGUACGUGCUUCGGUGCUAACAGCGGCGUGGGGCGUUAGAUCUGGGGGCAAACUACUAGGUCGUUCCUGUAUCUUGGCUGUUCCUCUUCGCUUUUUUUGCCGGCUUGCUGUCACAUGCUCUGCUUUGGCUUGCCGGUGUGCUCGGAUUAGCAGAUCUGGAAUUUGGCCACCGGCAGAGGAGAUCUGUCCAGUUUGAUUAUAUGCUUGUUGAUCACAUUGAUAAUUGUGUGCCCUGUUGAGAAGUGAGUUUGUGUUAAUUAUAGUUCCUGAUUGGACCACCAAAUUGGGCGUGUGUCCGCCACGAGGAGGAAGAAACUGCGACAGCUUAAGGUAAGUUGAGUGGAUUGCAAUUGUGUAAGGGCUCUAUUUGCAUCAGGAGGAGGGUAGGGGAACAGAUGCUGAGGGAGUAUAGAGAAGAAACCAGAGAAAAGCCAUAGUCUGCGAAAGUGGAUGAUCCCUUGGUACAGAGGUGGUGUUGAAACUGCAGAUAGUUUCCUUGAAUUUGUGUGAAAACAGUGAAUUGUCGUGACUAACCACAAGUUGACAACUCCACGGGAACUUUAGAUUGAACAUGUGGCCACUGGAAAUUUGAUCAACGAACGGAAAAUAUUUCAACCGUACUUGAGGUAUAUGAGAGCAAGAGUCGAAAUCAGUCAACCAUUGGUGGCCUCAUCAGCGUGCGAUUGUUUUUGUACUAUCUUAAAGAUUUCAGCUGAUUUAUGUCCGUGCUUGCAAAGAGUGUCUGGAUUGCUCUUACCACCUGGAUAAAUAUCUUUUCAUGGAUCAUUCAAGAAACUUGAAGUGCAGAUAUCCUUCAUACUCCACCUUUUCUUGUCAAGAAAAUAUGACUAAGACAAUAAAUGGGCAAUAUUUCAACUGGAUUUGAGAUAGGAGAUCAAGAGUCAAAUUCAUUCAACCAUUGGUGGCCUCAUCAGCGUUCAAUUGUAUUUUGCACUCUCUUAAAGAUUUCAGCUGAUUUAUGUCCCUGCUUGCGAAGAGCAGCUGGUUUACUCUCAACUUGACGCAGAAGUAUGGAUGCUGGGAACCACGUCACCUCCUGGAUGAAGGAGAUCAUUUCACGGUUCAUUUAAGAAAAUUGGCAAAGUGCAGAGAUCCUUCAUAUAACUUCAAGAAAAUAAGACAAGACAAGAUUGUGUGCAGAGACUGGAGAGCCAGAAUAAUAAAGAGUAGAGAAGUUGUUCACGUCAGAAGAACAAUGAGGAGGGAACUUGUUCAUGUUUGCUUUUCUGUUUACCAGUAUACCGAUGAACUGUUCGUAAUGAAAAUACAAGCACAGACUAAGACAGCUCAUUGAUAACUAUGUGUAGUGGGAGCUAGGAAAGUGUCAUUGGAAUUUAUUAUCAGCAGUAAUGGAUGACACAUACAAGAGAAUUGAUACAAGAAAAUUUACAAAGCAGCGGAUGUGCAAGCAGAAACAAAUAUAUUACAGCUAUGACAAUGCUGAUGCCAGUGCCAAUUCCGAUGCUAAUUCUUUGUCACAUUACCCGGCAAGCCGACAGCAAGGUGAGUUGCAAGGGAAGAGAAAAGGCCAAGAUAUAAUAACCCCUAGUUGCCCAAAUAUAAUUUGCCGUCGCUGUUGCCUGAGGUAUGUGCUGCGCUGUAGCAAGUGCACAGCCUGCCCUAUUUACGCGUUUAAGUUGAAUAAAUUCCACUAUCUGCGAGCUAUAAGCUGUAGCCUUUAUAUAAACUGUAUUAUGUCUAUCUAUGAUUAUAUCGUAUGUUGUUCAUGUCUGUAACUGUCGUUCAUGGCUGGGUUAAGUACGUAUUGUACACUACUGGCUUCUACUGUCGUUUGCUCCUCGUUGUAAUAUUAGGGGGUUCAUCAUCGGAUAUUCAUGGUCUGUAUUCAGUAUUUCUGUAUAAAAUGGGUGCCUCUGUGCUGUCCUAGUAA